AUGUAUGGUGCUGAGGAAAACUUAGAGGAAGUAGCGAUGCUUUCGAAAAAACCUCCGGAAGACAAAUACUACGCUGUUUAUCUCUUUAUUCUACUUAAUGGUAUAGGAACAUUGAUGCCAUGGAAUAUGUUUAUUACCAUUGCACCUUCUUACUAUGUGAAUUAUAAAUUCGUCGAGGUUGAUGCUGAUGGUGCUGUACAUAAAACUGAUUAUGCACUUCAUUUUUUGAGCUAUCUUGGUCUUGCUUCUCAAUUACCAACUUUGUUACUUAACUUAACAAACUUAUUUAUUCAGAUAAAAGGUGGUUUGCGACGACGAAUUGGUUCUUCGCUUAUUGUUUUGGCCAUAAUUACAUUAGCUACUCUCAUUUUUACUUUGGUUGAUACUUCGAAGAUGAUUACUACAUUUUUCAUCAUUACAAUGGUCACAGUAGUGAUACUAAACGCAGCUAAUGGUAUUUAUCAGAAUUCCUUGUACGGCUUGACUGCUAGUUUCCCGCCUCAUUAUACGAAUGCGCUCAUUUUGGGUAACAACAUAUGUGGCACGUUUGUUUCUGUUAUGAGUAUCAUCACACUUGUUGAAGACAGUGAUAAGAAAGAAGCUGUAGCUUCGGAAAAUAUUAUCACUGGAGUUGAAUUAGUAGGAAGUGGAAGUGAAAUGAAUAAGUUUGGAGAAAUUACUGAAAGCCAAAAAGUACUACAAUCAAGUUUUAAAGCCAAACUAAAGUUGUACUUCGAGAAAGGUAAGCGUUGUUUUUAUUGUCUCUCACUAUCAAUUAAUUUUCAGAUAAAAGUGCAGUGUUUCAAUGUGUGGUGUGUGUUCUUCGUAACAUUAACAUUAUUUCCCACUACAAUGGCGGAUAUCAGAUAUUACUCCGAAAGUGGGAAAUAUGAUUUUAUCAUACCUGAAAAACUAUUUAUCUCGAUUACGACAUAUUUGUUAUUCAAUUUCUUUGCUGUUGUUGGUUCAUUUUUGGCGAAUUUUGUACAGUGGCCUUCACAAAAGUGGUUAAUAUUUCCAGUUGUUGCACGUAUCAUUUUUAUUCCAUUGAUGAUAUUCUGUAAUUUUCGUCCUGAAUAUCGAACGUGGAAUAUUUGGAUCUACAAUGUUUGGAUCUAUAUUGCCUUAGCAGUGGUUAUGUCAAUUACCAGUGGAUAUUUCAGCUCUUUAGCAAUGAUGUAUGCUCCGAGAGCUCUUUUCAGAAUUGUUGAACCAUCAAAGUCAGCAGCUGCUGGCAUGAUAGCUGCCUUUUUCUUGAUGUUCGGAAUAACAAGUGGGAUUAUGUUUACACUUAUUGUUUCUUGGUUCACCGAUAGCGCAGGACCAUAUUUACCAGGAACUUUCAAAACAAUGAUGUCUUAA